AUGGGCGGCGAGGAGAACCGGGCGCCCCGCCGGGCGGCCCCCGACGAGGCCGCGGCCCCAGCAGCCGCGGCGCCCGCCCCGCAGGCCGGCGCCGCCGGGGCCCCGCGCGAACCGGCAGCGGGACCGGCGGCGUCGGGCGCCGCAGCGGGUGCCUUCACGGAGGCGCGCGACAGAGACUCGUUCAUGGAGUGGGCCAAGAGCAUGGCCGCCCCAGGGGCGGGCGCCGCCGUCGGCGGCCCGGCCAGCGGCGGCAGCGCCUCGGCCGCGCUCGUGCGGCAGAUCCGCGCCCAGUUCCCGGACGGGAUACCCGCCCCGGAUCCGAACGCGACGCCGAGGACGCGGCCGAAGCAGCUGGCGCGGGUCCAUGUGCCCUUGGAGGUCGGCUUGCCGCGCCAGGUGUUCCCGGUGAAGCCUGGCGGCUCGCGCAAGCAGCCAGUGCGGCGAGACUCCCCCAGUCGGCUGCGACAGUCCUCCCUCUCGAAGCUGGAGGCCGAGUUCGGAAAGCGGGUGGCGCUCCAGCUGACCAACGGGGACCCCCGCAAGGACCCUGUACGGAAGCAGACGUCGCGGUUCCAGCACGUUGUCGACCAGGAGCGCGCUGCCAAGCGCGACCGGCAGCUCGCGGAGCUCGAGGUCCAGGACGAGGCGCAGGCAAAGAUGGAGGCCAUCAUGCACAUCUCCGUGCAGGCGUGGAAGUGCCAGAGCUGCUUCACGCUGACGGACUCGGAGCGCGCCCGGGCCGAGUGCGCAAAGGCGGGCCACGUGCUGGAGGCGGUCACGGCGAAGAAGGAGCGCUGGCAGUGCAAGGGCUGCAGCCAGGACGUGUCGGUCCUGAACAGGGACCUCCCGGCGCACUGCGCUCGCUGCAACGGCAGCUCCUUCCAGCAGGUGCCCCUGUCCCGGGUCAGGAGGGCGCCGAUGGAGCGGGACCUGCUGCUGCCCCGCGGCGAGGAGCUGAAGUUCCUGAACUCGCUGCCCGGGGCAGCGGCGCAGCGCAGCUGGCAGCGCCCGCGAGAAGCACAGGACGACUACAGCACCCUGGACAACCCCCUCGGGGCCUGAGCUGGGCGGGGGCCGCGUGGCGGCGCCGCGUGCCUCGGCGCCCCUGCUCGGCCCUUCUCUUGCACGAGUGGCUUCGGCGCCCGCGGGCGGGCCCGAGGACUUCCAACGAGUCGCCCCUGCGCGGCUGGCCGGCUGCCGUGCCCGUCGCCGCCGGGGGCGCCCGCAGCGCGCGGCAGGGCGUUGUGUGGGGUGGUGCCGCCCAGCGCCAGGAGGGGGGGGCUAUCGCCGCGCCCGCGGGGAGCCGCUCGUGGACUGGGCGUCCCGAUGCUCCUUGGGGCGCACGGGCGGCGCGCAUCCCCGGGCGAGGGGGCCGCCGCG